AUGCCAGAUGUAUGGCGAACACAGCCACGACACCCUCACCAAGGUGCUCAGCGGCUCUAUCGCAUCUACACAGGGAAGGUGGGGUUAGUGGCCGAGCAUUCCAGACGCCCGAGCGUGCUGGAAGAGUGCUCGCGGCGGGGUGAACAGACGGAGGUGCUGCGGACGCGAGAUGUCACCGCGAAGUUCGCACAAAGAUCGCAGAUUUGGCGGGCAAUAGCUCGGCGAUGGGCUGAUAAGAUAGGAGAUGGCUUGGAGAAGCUCGCUGCGAACGCGGCCGAGCGCCACCGAGAGGCCCGAACCGGUUGCGGGCGUGUCGCGUGUUCCAGAAUCCAGAUCACCAAGUCCACGGUUAUUGAUGAUGUCGCAUCAAUUCGCUCCUUAUGGGCGAGGAUCCCGGCGACGGCAGUUGCAACUCAUGUCAGACAGUCGAUGCCGUCGUCCUUCAGCCCGAGGAGACCUUCAAGGUCACAGAGGAUCCCGUCAAGUUCUCAAGCUGGCAAGUGGCUCCUUCUCAACCUUGAACCAGCUGCUAAGACAGCCUUCGGCCUCUGUUCAACCCUCUUCGCAGCUCGUCUGUCUUAUCUUUCUUGCCAUUGCGCAGCCAGCUUGCGUGCAAUUGCACCCUUGCUGUCUGUUCAUCCUAGCUCUCAUUGCGUAACCAGCAUCAGCAAUGGGCAAGAUCUUGCCUUGCCUGCGCGGGACCUGCGACGCAAUCGAGAGAUCGAGUCCACGCGCCGCGCCGCGCGCUGCAGUCGCCCCGAGAUCGAGCCAACAGCAUGCCAGUGGACGAAUGACGAUUAG